AUGGUCGGCUGGGUCUGUGGCGGCGCCGGCAGCGCGCGGUCAGUUGCUCUCCUGGCCUGACGAGAGGGGGGUGUACCGCGGGCCGUCACACGCGUCAUGAAUCAGUGACGGCGCUUUUACUGUGUGAUAGUCCUAGUUUUAGAGUGAUUAGCUUCCGUCGUUUUACUUGGGUAGGUGUUUUAGUGAACAAACUCUAGAUCGAAAUUUCCAUCUCGGAACUGAACGCUACCCGUGCCGGUGUCUGACCGGCGGCCAGGUCAGAUUUUAGUGCCCUGUUACCGGAGGCGCCGAUCGUUUCGCCAUGGCCGGCGGCGGUGUGCGACUCCACUAUGUGGUGCCCCUGGUCAUUGCCUACGUGGUGGCCCGCUCGGCGCUGGCCGACCUGGUCAACGCCACCGACCCGACCGUCGAGUACGAGGUGACAUCGGCGCGGCCGCCGCCGCACGUGGUGCCCCUCGAGGAGCACGCGGCGCACGUGGCGGCCCCGCACGUGGGCCACGAGAACGCCAGCCACGACAGCGGCUACCACGACCCGCUGUUCGGGCCGCACGACCCGAACCGCGUGUACACCACCAAGGAGAAGAAGUACUUCCAGGUGGGCGUGAUCGACUUUGAGCGCGUGCGCACCCCGUUCGUGAUCGGCUCGUGGAUCCUGGCGGCCAGCCUGGCCAAAAUCGGUUUUCACAUGUUCCCGAAGCUGUCGCACAUGUUUCCCGAGUCGUGCCUUCUGAUCGUCAUCGGCAUCAUCGUGGGCGUCAUCCUCUACUUCGGAGGUCUCGGAGACGUCGAAGCCGCCCACCACCUGGACCCGGACACAUUCUUCUUGUUCAUGCUGCCUCCGAUCAUCCUAGACGCCGGCUACUUCAUGCCAAACAGACUGUUCUUCGAUAACCUGGGAACGAUCCUGCUGUUCGCUGUCGUCGGUACCAUCUUCAACACGUUCACCAUCGGCGGAGGUCUGUACCUGGUCGGUCUGACUGGUCUGUACGGCGUGGAAAUGCCCAUCCUGAACACCUUCCUGUUCGCUGCCCUCAUCUCGGCCGUUGACCCCGUGGCCGUGCUGGCCGUCUUCGAGGAGAUCCACGUCAACGAGAUGCUCUACAUCGUCGUCUUCGGCGAGUCCCUGCUCAAUGACGCCGUCACUGUGGUGUUGUACCACAUGUUUGAGGCGUACGUGGAGAUGGGUGAGAACAACAUCACUGCACUGGACGUGGCUGCCGGUCUGCUCAAGUUUCUGAUCGUGGCUCUGGGCGGCACCCUGGUCGGCAUCAUCUGGGGCUUCCUCACCGCCUUCGUCACCAGGUUCACCAGCAGCGUCAGGGUCAUUGAGCCUCUCUUCGUCUUCAUUAUGUCCUACCUGGCCUACCUCAACGCCGAGAUCUUCCAUCUCUCCGGAAUUUUAGCCAUCACCUUCUGUGGUCUGACCAUGAAGAACUACGUGAUCUCGAACGUGUCGGCCAAGUCGCACACCACCAUCAAGUACACGAUGAAGAUGUUGUCCUCCAGCUGCGAGACGGUCAUCUUCAUGCUGCUGGGCGUUGCCACCGUGCACAACCACCACAUCUGGAACACCUACUUCGUCCUCUUCACCAUCCUCUUCUGCUCGCUCUUCAGAGCGCUCGGUGUUCUCAUUCUGGCCGGUCUGGCCAACCGGGCGCGUAUGCACAAGAUCGAGGGUGUGGAGAAGUUUGUCAUGAUGUACGGCGGCCUGCGAGGCGCGGUGGCCUUCGCUCUCGUGCUCCUCAUCGACCCUCAUCACGUGCCGCAGCAGCAGAUGUUCCUCACCACCACCAUCACCGUGGUCUACUUCACCGUCUUCGUGCAGGGUAUGACCAUCAAGCCCCUGGUCGAAAAGCUGGGUGUAAGACGCGCCAACAAGCGGAAGUUGACGAUGAACGAGCGGAUCCACGAGCGGUCGCUGGACCACAUCAUGGCCGGCAUCGAGGACAUCGUGGGCCACCCGGGCCGCUACUACCUCAGGGAUAUGUUCAAGCACUUGAAUCACAAGUACCUGCGGCCUCUGUUGACCCACGAAGACACUACGCGUGACCCCAAGAUCAUGGAAACGUUCAGCAAGCUGGCCCUCAAGGACGCCAUGAAGUCGGCAGUCGAUGACGUCAUCAACGGCGGACAGAAGAGCGCGCGCAUGCGCAACUCGCCGUCCUGGGGCGACAUCAUUCGAGAUAAUUCGAACUGGAACCUGUCGCGCGUGGAUCGGACCUACAUGCCGGAUAUGAACGAGAUCCGCUACAAUCCGUCCAUGAAGGACCUGAACGAUGCCACCAUUCACCAUCUUCUGGACUCGGACCACAACAACCCUCGUCAGCGGCGUCGUCGCUGGAGCUACUCGCGUCACGCCGUCUGUGACGAGGACAUGCACACCAGACCCGUCAACCAUACCAUGCAGGUCUACAUGAAACAGCGCAUGAUCGACAUGUACCGCCGCAAGAAACAGCGGAACCAGAACGGCUCACCGAGGAAGAACGUCUCCUUCGCUGUGCAAACCAACGGCUCCACGGUGAAGCUGAAGGACGAUGACCUGUACGAUGUCAUUGACUCGGUGCCUACAUAUCGCGAGGCCCGCACUACCUCGCCGCCGAAGGACGCCGAAAACCCCGACGAAAUCAUCAGCUUUGACGUGCCGGACCGCUCGGGCUCUGCACUCAGUGACGUCUCGGACCAUAUCACUACGACGGAAAGCGUGCUACCCUGGAAGCGAGACGACGAGAAGCUGGUGUGCCAGCUGCCCCUGAAGUGGCACAACACCAGCGCCCCGGCCUGGAUCGCCAAUGAGGACUACACCAACUACGCGUCGCCGCCAGAGUCGAUGACUGUGGUAGAGCCGGAGCGACAGCCCGAGCCGCCUGCACAGGAGGAGGGGCUGCGCGCGCGCCGCAGCUCCCUCACCAGCUCAUUCCGCGCCGGACUGCGCUCUCUACGCUCCUCGCUGCGCCGCCAGCUGGGCGGUUCGCCACCGCCUCCGCCGGUCCCCCACGAGCCGACAGUGAUCCCGGAGGACGGCGAGACGCCCACGGUGACUGUCGAGGAGGCCGUCAAGGCGGCCGUGGAGGCGGCGCUGGAGGUCGAGGCCGAGACGAAGGCAGCGCCGCCUGGCGGUGACACGGCGAACCAGGCGGCCACCAAACCGGAUUCGGUAGAGGAGCCUCCAGAGGAGAACGGUAGGAGAAAUUUCACCACCGUCAGCAUAGACCAGUGCGAGGAUGAAAAGGAGCGUACGCGACUGUGAAUACGGUGCAAGGAAUGAGCGACUCGUGCAAAACGUGGGACACAAGUGACACUAUGACACGCGAGUCACGUGCGAAACGUGGCACGAACGUGGGUGUGAGAAGCCGCCACGAGGCUAGAUUCCGUCCAAGUGAACUGUGAGAUGUGAUAAGUGAGAUUCGAGCUGUUUAGCGUAUCGAACGUUGAACUACAGUAUAGUGAGAAUGAGAUGGACACAAGAAGAUAGAGUGCCCCGUUCUCAGGGUGCACUCUUGUUUCGAGUUUCAGUGCUGAGGACAUUGUGUCGUAGAACGGUUAACGCUUGCCUCUUUCGAUGGGAGAGUGUCUCGAGUGACUUAGGUCAAGUCCUCGCAAUGGAGAUUGCCAGACUACAUGGGAACACUGAAAAAUCCCGGCAGAUUUGCUGGGCUAUACAGCCAGUAAACCCUGCAGGAAACUGGUGAGCGUGAAGUGACUACAUGAUACAAAUGUCAUGGGAAAUAGGGCACAACAAUAUUUUGUAUGUCACUCAAGUGAUGAAAAUCAGGCGGAAUAUCACAACAGAAAGAUCAGGCUUUUGAUAUAAUCGCCUUGCCUCAUAUAUUUAUCCUCACUAUUAGCUUAGUACCAUUGGUUGAGUUUCAGGUCAUGGUUAUCCCGGUUACCAUCGGUCUAUUUGUAACUUGUGACUUUAACUUUUUGAUGAUAGAUGCACAAUUUGUAUAUUAUUUUUAAUAGGUACCAUCUCUCCAUGUCAAUUGAGGUUUUGUGAAGCAUGUAUUUUUAUUAAUUGAAUCGGUAAUAUGAUUUUUUUUUCUCUCUCGUAAAAAGAAUGACAAAACGUUCUUGUCAUAAGGGUGAACGACGCCGCUUAUAUUUUACAAAAAAGGGACCACCUAGGCCAUGGUGUCGCUGCCCAAGUAUUGUUGAAUGAAUGUGUAGAAAAUGUUUUAUUUAAAUAGGUCGUGAAUGUGUAAAUGCCGCUGUAGUCGUGUGACCUCUUAGAACUGGUGUGAGGUGUUUCCUUUCCCUGUGAACCCGCUGCCUCAUCCUCGCUCACGAAAUCGUUGAGCUACCGGGCUGAGGUGUACCCGACGACCCUGCCACCUGGUGAGGGGACGUCGUACUAACAGUUCCGGGCCUGCCGCAGCGCAGGCAGUCUGUCCUGAGCCGUCUUUCACUAGUUCGUGGUUGCUCUGAAACACUGGGACAAAUAUCGGUCCGGCCCUAUGUAGCUGGUUUGUCGUGUGUGCUAAUACAUUGUAUUUUAAGACCCU